AUGAACUGCAACAGCUCGUUCUGGGCACAUGUGUUCAUGACAGCGUAUUUACUAUGGGUCACGGGAUGUGUUGCGCAGAAAGUAAGUAAUACAUGUCUGCUCUUUGUUUACAGUCUAUAUUUUGCCUCAUAAAAAAGCACAGUGAUUUGUUUCACGCGUCAUCGGUCUUAUAGUUUAGUGACUGGCUGAAAACUUGUUAAGCAAGAAUGAAACAUGUAUUAAGUUUCCUUGUUGUUGUUGUUGUUGUUGUUGUUGUUGUGUAGCUAGGUAUUUUCCACCCAGGGAAAGACAGAAUAUAGACUUUCCUGGGUAAUUUGUCAUUACUGUGAGAACUUGAUGCACUGAAUGCACUGUAAACGUAUUGUAGCAGAGUAGUCCGGUAUGCAUGUGAACACCACCCGUGCAUACACAGGGCUCACCUCUCCAGAAGUUUGAGUAUAGUUUUACAUGAAUAAUCACUUUUUAGUAAUCUAAUACCAUUAUCUUAUAAAAGGAUCUACUACCCUAUCGAGUGCUACAAAAAGCUUAUUGACAUGCAUUUCAAUAGGAAGCUUUCAAUAGUAAUCACCCCAAGUUCAAAGUCAUGCUGGGUUCGUAAUUGAGGAAAAUAAGUCAUUAUUUUAUGUGAUUUCCCAGUUGAUCAUGUUGUCAAUCUAUGCAUAAUUGUAUAUAACUGUAAGACAUCACACAUAAAUAUACAUCAAUAUUCGGCUAUAGCCAGGUGUGUUUGCACUUUUUGACAAUCUUAAACAUCAGCUGGCAGUACUCUCUGUAAGGCUGCAUUUUCCAACCAUGGGGAGGAAAACAUCCCAUGACACUGAGCAUGCACUCUAUCUUCUUGUCCUCAACUAUAUCUAGUAGAGUUAAAGGCAAUGGCAUGCAGAGUCAGACAGAGAGAGCAGUGAAAUGAGAACCACAUGGAUGAAGCCAGAGCAGGGCAUGUUCAUCUCCUGUUGGUCUGAGUCUGACUCACUCUCACUUUGUGGUGAAAACAACCCUCCUGCCUGUCUGCCUGUCUGCCUGUCUGCCUGACACUGACAUGGACUUCAUGACUUUAUUCCUGAACAAGAGCUCUCAUGAAUUACCCAGUACAUACUGUAGAGUGGAGACGCCUGACUCCGGCUCUCUGUUAUACAACACACAGCACUUUCUGUCUGACAGGGUUCCUAGUACAGUAGUAUGUAAGUGUAAACCAACCGUUCCCUUACUAUUCAUUAUCAGUGUUACAUGGCACUGGAUUGCAUGGUAUGAUCAGUGGCUUUUUCCUGGUUAUUGGGUUUCCACAUCCACACUAAGUUGUAUGGUGCAACACACCUGAAACAUGUUUAGCAUAGUGGAGGCUGCUGAGGGGAGGACGGCUCAUAAUAAUGGUUGUGCACCAGAGAUGAUGGUGCAGCAGAAGCAGUCCAGGUGACACUCUGGUUUGGGUUUCUUCUCAAUUUGGUCCAAUUCCCAAACUAGGAAGAAACCUGUGUGUAGGCUACAUUCUUAUUAAUAUCUUCUCUCCUCUUCUGAGUGUUCUGUAUGUGAACAUCUGACACUGUAGUAUUGACUUAAAUAGCAUAAGUAUAUGCGCAGCAUCUGGGGAGAAUGAAGCUAUUGAUCUGCCACUGUACUGUAAAUGAAAUAUAAGGCAGAGGCGUCAAAUGACCAAGUGAAUCCAUAACAUUACCGUGUUAUAUAGUGUCUAUGGGCCAUGGAAGUGUGGUAUUUAAUUAUGUUCAGUUAUUAGCAUUUGGGAAAGACUUCCCUAAUCUGUUCAGUGCUUACAGGUGAUUAACAGAGUCCGGCAGAAGGCGUUCUUUUUAAUCACCAAAUUCUUCCUGACAACUUUGGCAGCAGUCAGAAUGAAGCAGUACUAUAAAAUAAUUUCCCCCACUUACUAUGUGGUUUCAGGUGAUGUAGCCUACUCUGUCUCCGCAAUGAUUUGAGUGUGACACGGCCAUUGUAUGUACAGUGCAUUCGGAAAGUAUUCAGACCCCUUGACUUUUUCCACAUUUUGUUACAUUACAGCCUUAUUCUAAAAUGGAUUAAAUAAAACAUUUUCCUGAUCAAUCUACACAUAAUACCCCAUAAUAACAAAUUGAAAAAACAGAAAUACCUUAUUUACAUAAGUAUUCAGACCCUUUGCUAUGAGACUCGAAAUUGAGCUCAGGUGCAUCCUGUUUCCAUUGAUCAUCCUUGAGAUGUUUCUACAACUUGAUUGGAGUCCACCUGUGGUAAACUCAAUUGAUUAGGCAUCAUUUGGAAAGGCACACACCUGUCUAUAUAAGGUCCCACAGUUGACAAUGCAUGUCAGAGCAAAAACCAAGCCAUGAGGUCAAAGGAAUUGUCCGUAGAGCUCCGAGACAGGAUUGUGUCGGAAGAUUUGGGGAGUUUCUCCCAUUCUUCUCUGCAGAUCCUCUCAAGCUCUGUCAGGUUGGAUGGGGAGCAUCGCUGCACAGCUAUUUUCAAGUCUCUCCAGAGAUGUUAGAUCAGGUUCAAGUCUGGGCUCUGGCUGGGCCACUCUAGGACAUUCAGAGACUUGUCCUGAAGCCACUCCUGCGUUGUCUUGGCUGUGUGCUUAGGGUCGUUGUCCUGUUGGAAGGUGAACCUUUGCCCCAGUCUGAGGUCCUGAGCGCUCUGGAGCAGGUUUUCAUCAAGGAUCUCUCUGUACUUUGCUCCAUUCAUCUUUCCCUUGUUCCUGACUAGUCUCCCUGUCCCUGCCGCUUAAAACAUCCCCAUGGCAUGAUGCUGCCACCACCAUGGUGCCAGGUUUCCUUCAGACGUGGCGCUUGGCAUUCAGGCCAAAGAGUUCAAUCUUGGUUUCAUCAGACCAGAGAAUGUUGUUUCUCAUGGUCUGAGAGUCCUUUAGGUGCCUUUGGCAAACUCCAAGCAGGCUGUCAUGUGCCUUUUACUGAGGAGUGGCUUCCGUCUGGCCACUCUACCAUAAAGGCCUGAUUGGUGGAGUUCUGCAGAGAAGGUUGUCCUUCUGGAAGGUUCUCCCAUCUCCACAGAGGAACUCUGGAGCUCUGUCAGAGUGACCAUCGGGUUCUUGAUCGGGUUCUUGGUCACAUUCCUGACCAAGGCCCUUCUCCCCUGAUUGCUUAGUUUGGCCGGGCAACCAGCUCUAGGAAGAGUCUGGUUGGUUCCAAACUUCUUCCAUUUUAGAAUGAUGGAGGCCACUGUGUUCUCGGGGACCUUCAAUGCUGCAGAAAUGUUUUGGUACCCUUCCCCAUAUCUGUGUCUCUGUGUCUCAACGCAAUCCUGUCUCGGAGCUCUAGGGACAAUUCCUUCGACCUCAUGGCUUGGUUUUUGCUUUGACAUGCACUGUCAACUGUGGGACCUUUUAUAGACAGGUGUGUGCCUUUCCAAAUAAUGUCCAAUCACUUGAAUUUACCACAGGUGGACUCCAAUGAAGUUGUAGAAACAUCUCAAGGAUGAUCAAUGGAAACAGGAUACACCUGAGCUCAAUUUCGAGUCUCAUAGCAAAGGGUCUGAAUACUUAUGUAAAUAAGGUAUCUCAGUGUUUAUCUUUUAUAAAUUUAUAAAAGGCAGUUUUCACGUUGUCCUUAUGGGGUAUUGUGUGUAGAUUGAUGAGAUUGAAAAAAAAAAAUCAAAUUUAGAAUAAGGCUGUAACGUAACAAAAUGUGAAAAAAGGGAAGGGUUCUGAAUACUUUCCGAAUGCACUGUAAAUAUUAGUUCUGACCACACACUACUACAACACUAGGAAGGAGAAUCUCUAAGGCUACGAACUGUCAAGACUCGUCCCCAUCCACUGUGACUGAGUGGCGGUGAGCAGUAGAAUUCUUAGAACUGAACAACAAAAGCCCUUGGUAUAUUGAAUUGUCAGCGUCCCCAGCUUUAGUUUCUGUGUGCGUAGGGUGCUCACUAUCUUUGCAAUUAUCUGCCUGAUGGGGCACUCUAAAUGAUGGCUUUGUCCUCUUGGCCUCUUUUGUAUUAAGUUGAUUUUUGGAACAGCGUAAACAGGCUUGGAAUUCAAUGCAUCAACCCCCUAAAGGAAAUCGUUCAACUUUGAUAAAUCCACCACCCGAACAUCUAGACAAAUGAGAACCACCCUAACAUCUAGACAAAUGAGAACCACCCUAACAUCUAGACAAAGGAGAACCACCCUAACAUCUAGACAAAUGAGAACCACCCUAACAUCUAGACAAAUGAGAACCACCCUAACAUCUAGACAAAUGAGAACCACCCUAACAUCUAGACAAAUGAGAACCACCCUAACAUAUAGACAAAUGAGAGCCACCCUAACAUUACAUUUACAUUUUAGUCAUUUAGACAAAUGAGAACCACCCUAACAUCUAGACAAAUGAGAGCAUGUUUGACAUUUAAGUUAGGAAAUAUUACAGAAUCUUUUCAUAAUUUCAUUGCUUAUUCUAAUGUUGAUUUUUAAAUGAGCAUCCAUUUGAUAGAGGGAACAACCCUAAAGAUAGAACCACUGACGAAUUCAUCCCUUAGCUAAAUGUUUAAAGUCCAUAAAGAAACUAGUUCAUACUGUAAACACAUAUUGGUCAGACAGUGAGGUUGGCAUGGUGGUAAAUAAACUGUACUGUUACUUUAAGUGGGAUGAAUGGGCCAGGCAGAGAGAGGGAGCGAGAGGGAGAGAGAGAGAGAGAGCUCUAGCUGCCCUGCUAGCUGGCCUGGCUGUUCUGGCUGUGAGUGUUGUUGUCAUCCUGCAUGGUGGGGCUACUCGCUCAGCUGCUGAGAGAUUAAUUACUCAGGAUGCAUCCAUUCACUGCCUGGAUCACAUUCCAAAUCUGGAAAUUAUUUCUCCAAAUUGGUCUGAACCACCAUGGAGACAUAACACUGACUGACUGCAUCCAUCAACAUGCUUUACUUCCUAGGCUAGGCGUCCUUAGUUAAUGACUGUUACUGCAACCUCCUCCUAUCCAGAGAGGAAGAAAAAUACAGGGAAAACUAUGUUAAUUGGUGUGUGCACCACAAAUGUGGAACCCCAUAUCCAACAUCCCACCCACCCAGCCACAUAUCUAUGUGGAGUUGGAGGGUUCACCACCACCACAAUACUGAACAUUCCACUGUCUCAUGCAGAGCAGAGAAAAUGUGUGGCCCCAACAUUGACAACCAAAGAUUAUCGUGGCCUUGAUGUUAAUUUGUAACGGUCAGUAUUUUGUGUGGUGAUUAGAGUAUGAGGACUCUGUUCUCCAAGGUCAGUGGCGACAGCUUCAGCUAGAGCCCAAUCAGGAAGCUCACCUGUUGUUUGUAAACUCACCCUGAGUGAAGAUGAGAGCACAGGAUACCUGCAUACACACACACCAUACUUAUUGUAUAACUUGUGGGCUCGUGUAUCAGUGCCUUUUCACAGCUGUGGACGGACAACACCGGGUGCAAGGAUGUUGUCUUUAGUAUAGUGCUUCUAUGACACAAAAAUUCAGCAUUCUCCACCGUAGAAAUAACCCUAAAGUCUAUGCUCUAGAUUUCUGUCCGUGUCUGACCUGACCAGCAACAGUGGCUAAAUGAUUGGAGACAGACAGACAUACAGAGGAGCUGCUGAGCCCUGGGUUAUAUAACACUUCAUCUGGGAGUUGGCAUAGCUGAAGCGUCAGCCUGUGGAGCAGUGUCACUUUUCUACUCCAGUAAACAGCGCCUGGAAGGAUCCCUGCCCCCUUGAGGGGCCCGUCUGGCUGUUUAGGAGCCAGUCAGGGGCUGUUUGUGCAUGUGAAGGAGUGAGGGAAUGGAAUGAGUGAGUGUGUGACAGCGAUCGCUAUGGGAUGUCGAGCCGCUGUUUCAAGGGUUUUAGCUGGGGGUACUCACUAACCUGUUGUUAAGGUUCAAUUCCUCUGUAAGGUCUUCAGUUGUUAGGGAGAGGGUUCAAAAUUCAUUUUCCAAACAGCAAAUCAAUCAUAGGGAUAUACUUUUAGUAGGCUUUGUAUAAAGUUCGAACUAUAUUUCAGGUAAUUUGCAGUUCUGGAAAUGUUGUUCCGACAAAGGAUUCAAGUUGCUUAACGUUAUCAAUAUUAUGGUCAACCUCAAACUAAUCACAGGGUUUCAUUUGACAUUCUAAUGCACAAGUCAUUCUACACAAUUAUAUGCUUGUUUUCUCUACUUUUGUACAGGGAUCUCCGUGUGGCACAACUGGGGUGCGAUGACCGAUCAGCAGGGUCUUAUGUAAACUUUCUGCCUGCUCCUACUUAUUAACAUCACUUCAUUAAAGUGUUAUCUCCCAUCCCACCAUGAAGUGGUGCAACCAAAUGGCACUGCUGCCCGUUGUUCCCCAUGAGAAAAGGCUUCCUUAAAUAAUGACCGCCCUGGCUGCCACUGCCAGUGUUAGAGGCCUGUGUCUGUGAUGUAACAGAACUGGGAUGUUUGGCUUUAUAAGAAUGUCCCAUUUCCAAUUUACACUGUGGCACUGAGGUCAUUCAUGUGUAGUCUACCAUGUACGUCACACCACAGUGAGGGUGGCGGACCUCCAGAUAGCCAGCCCAGUCCUAGUGCAGCCAGAGCCAGGGAAAUGACACAGUCCCUGUCCCUCCCUCCCUCCCUGACACAGUUCUCUCUCUUUCUAUGUAGCCCACACACUGUCAAUAGAAAGAGCCUGGCUACACAAAAGUGGAUUUGGACACUUAUAUUGGUCACGGAGACAGACAACCCCCCCCCCCCCCCCAUGUUGCCAAGCUGUUCCCUUCAUUCUAUAGGGUAUUGCACAAUACCACUACACUGCACAACACCGUAGAGCAAAAACGGAAAUUGGCUUACUCUCUGCAACCUCUCUGGGAAUGGCAUUUGACCAGUUGAAAAUGUCAUCCGCGUAAUUAUGUAUUGUUGUUGUGGCGUUCAUGACAUGAGUUCCUAGUAAGUCCAAGGCCAUUUUCUCUUUUGCACCUUACUAUGACAUAAUGCUGUCACACUAAACAGCAGAGAAAGCAUUGAGAAAGAAAAUGCUAUUUUACAACACUCUUAGAACUAGUUGGGCUUCAAAGUACUGACUGUGCCUUGAUUCUUGUAAUUUAUCACUGUUAUAUAAGCCUCUAUCACUAUCAAGUUGUAUUUACCACUGCAUAAAUUAGAAUUUGUUUCUGUAAUUAUUUCAUUUUGGUGCCUAAACUUGACAAUGAGUGGACUGUGUCCAUAGCAAUAAAAUGUUUACAACUUUAAGUUAAUCUUAAAGAGCCACUGAACACACCGAUUGGCACGUGUGUUUUUCUGUUGCUCAUUAGAAAAACAAGAUUUAAAUCUUGGAGGUGUGUUUCCGAUUCCGCGUUUGGUUAAUGAUGUUUGUCCCCCAUCAGACACUGUAGACGCAGAAGCCUAUUUCACGUUUUCGCUGAGGAUGUUUUGGUUGCGCAGUUUUACAUCUAACUAAGGUGUUUGGUGCAGUAUUUCUCAAGUAAAAAAAUGUGCGACAUGUUGUCUUAUGUAAACGAAGUCAGAGCUGCCGGGCAGGUCUGUCUCACUGUCUAUGCUAUUGGAUAGAGAGCAAUCACCACAGCUGCUCACCCAAUGUUAGUGGGGAAAUGUACAUCCUCAAAUCAAAAACCCAACCUUCAUUUACCCGUUGAGACGCACGGAUGUUCCAAACUCCGUUUUAGACGAGACUGACUUUAUGUCAAUUUUGACACUGGAAUAACUGUUUCUGACUCCUAUCGAUGUCACAUAGGCCGUUUUCAAAGGGAUUUGUUGCUUUUUAAAGGCAGUCCUUCUUUAAUUUCUUUAACAGAAGCUGUUAUUAUAGUUUGUCAAUAAUAUUUAAUACAAACCAAAAACACAUACUGGAUAACAAGCACAACACAUGAUAAGCUGCUUGGCUCUUUCCCAUGCAUAUAAUAUACGUAUUUUCCCAUGGUUAGUAAUGAUAGCUGAGAUAAUACACUGUUGCAAUGUUUUGAUCCAAUGUUUUUAAUCCAAUGUUGUUCACCAACAUAUUGCAAAAGUGUUGAGUCAUUAAGCGGGCAGGAUAGGGAGGUCUGAAACAGAUUGAAUACAUAUGCUGCUACGUGAUGAUCAAGCGAUCAGGACUGAGGACUAUCACACCUCUGGCGUGAUAUGCAUUCAAUAUUUGUAUUCAAUAUUUUCGGUGCAUUCAUGUGCUUUGAAAACACCUCUUUCGUUAACUGUACAGAACACACACACAUAUGUAUGCCCUUACUGCCCUCCAUCUCUCUGUAAGGGACAUUCUGACCUGGCUGUGAGGCUGCCAGCUGUAUCAGCAAUAGUGAGGUCUUUGAGUUGCAGUCAGAAGGACGGAGGGGGUUGCUGGGGCCAAACCUAGCAGCAGCCUCUCUCAUACAGUCAUGAUUGAAAAAUACAUCUAGAUUUAGCUUCUAAGAAUCUGAGGAAUGCCUUUGAUAAAUGCAUGCAUAUGGAGAGAUGAGAUGGGUCAUGUAGCGGCAAUCAAAGCGUCUAUCUGGAGUUGGUCGAUGGCAGUGGUGCUGGUGCUCCUUUUACACACACCAUACACACACACCGGGUCUUGAGUGCGUUUUGAAAUGUGUUCCCAACCAGACUACUAGUGUUGCCUGUGGCAUUGGCUGGUGUUUUACCUGUCUGGUGGUGGAGGCUGUGCUGGUUGAGCCCCGGCUAGGUCAUCGCUCAGUUCCCACAGUCCAGAACCUGGGCUGAGAGGAAAGCUCAUAAACACACCAGCCCUCCUACAAAGGUCUGGACCUGAGCUCUGGGCCCAGCGGCUCCAGCCACACAUCUGCCUCUGCUUAGCCAGGCUCAGGUCCCCCUCCACCUUCCACCCAACACACCUGGGAAGCAUUACAGCCAGCUCAGCGUGUUUUAAGAAACCCUUCCCAGGGUUACCCAAGCACAGGCAUGCAAGGCACCGCCACCGCUUUGAUAUACUAGCUGGCAGAGGAGGGUUGAAUAGUUCAGGUCUGGAUGCAGUUAAUUGUUUUUUAGGCAAUCUGCAAUUCAGCUCAACUGUGUUAUUUGUUUAAAAGACAGCCUUAUUUGUAUUAUAUGUCCAUGUUGUACUCUACAAAAAGUCCCUAGACGUUAUUUUUUUUAAAUGUCUGCUGAUUUUCUGUAAGUCUUUAACAAGUGCUGGUAUACAGUAGAGAUGUCGAUCAUUAGAGAUGCUAGCGUUUUAACGUACACUCCUGUCCCCCUCACCAAGCCCAUGUAUGUUUUUAUUGCAGGUCUACUUUGAUUGUGGAGCUAAGGUGGAUGUUGUGGAAGUCCAAGGCCUCAUCCUGUCUCCUGGGUUUCCCUUUAACUAUUCCUCAGGGACCCACUGUGUCUGGCAGUUCUUUGUGCCUGUCGGCCACCAGCUCAUACUGGAGAUAUUUGACUUUGAUGUGUUCGAGAGCCACGACCCCUCCACCCAGUACACUGCGAUCUCUAACUUGAAAGUGGAAGAUGCUGAGGCUGACGAUGGGGUAACGUUCCCAUCUGGGGGUCCUGUCACAGAUGAAAAUGUGUCAAUGCUGGCUAAAGACGCCCCUGUACCUAAGGCUCAGGGGGGCAGAGCGAAAGCCCACCAGUCCUCCUUCCAAAAUGACAAGGUCAAGCAGGUGGUGGUGCAAGAGCAGUCCACCAAGAUGGAGAUCGCCAAAGUCUCCAACUCUGCUAAAAGGUCCACCUCUGACACUGCAUCCCCACAUCCCCCCUCACACCUCCUCCUACCCAGGGCCCAGGCAGCGGUGAACUCAAUCACCUCUCCUCUCCUCAGAGGCGACCCUGACCUAAAUCCUACCCCUAACCCCAGAGCAGCAGCCCCAGACCUGGCUGUGAUUGUAGACAAGGCCACCACUGCGACCUCUCCGCCCCCCACGGACACAGAGUUAGUGAGCCCUGAGACCCAGCAGUCGGUGGUGGACGCUUGCCCCCACGACGUCCUCUACAUCUCGGACCUCCUCACCUUCUCCUCGCGCUUCUGUGGCUCCAACCGGCCCUCCAGCAGCCAGCUGGUGUUUGGCUCCAGCCAGGAGAUGGUAGAGGUCAUCAUGGAGUUGAUCACCACCACCCACUGGGGCCGCGGCUUCGCCCUGCUCUUUCACUACCACAACCGGACAGAACAGGAUGGAGAUGACCCCCAGCACACCUACGCCCCUGCCGGGGCCAGCAAGAUGGACUCUCUGCUGGCCGCCAUGAGCGGAGCAGCCUUCUUUGCCAUGGUGCUCACCAGCGCUCUGUGCAUCAUUUUCAGGUAUGUAAAAGCAUUCAGAGAGAGUUGCUGUGAUAUGAUAUCCCUUUGUCACACACGUGUUGUGUUAUAAAUAGGUUGCUCUGACUCCCUGAUAUCGAACCAGCACCUCAGGGGUGACAUGCAGAGAGAAAUGUGCCAGUGUGACCGGUGUUGUACAUUGUGUUUUGAUCGGCUUACAUAUACAGUGCAUUGGGAAAGUAUUCAGACCCCUUGACUUUUUCCACAUUUUGUUAUGUUACAGCCUUAUUCUAAAAUUGAUUAAAUUAAAGAAAAUCUUCAUCAAUCUACACACAACCGGUUAUUCAAAUGUUUUGCACAUGUAUUACAUAUAAAAACAGAAAUACCUUAUUUACAUAAGUAUUCAGACCCUUUGCUAUGAGACUUGAAAUACUCUCCCGAGUGUCGCAGUGGUCUAAGACACUGCAUCGCAGUGCUAGCUGUGCCACUAGAGAUCCUGGUUCGAAUCCAGGCUCUGUCGUAGCCGGCCGUGACCGGGAGACCCAUGGGGUGGCGCACAAUUGGCCCAGCGUCGUCCAGGGUAGGGGAGGGAAUGGCCGGCAGGGAUGUAGCUCAGUUGGUAGAGCAUGGCGUUUGCAACGCCAGGGUUGUGGGUUCGAUUCCCACGGUGGGCCAGUAUGAAAAAUAAAAAUAUUACGUAUAUAUAUUACGACUAACUGAAAGUCGCUCUGGUAAAUGACUAAAAUGUAAAUUAUUGAUCAUCCUUGAUGUUUCUACAACUUGAUUGGAGUCCACCUGUGGUAAAUUCAAUUGAUUGGACAUCAUUUGGAAAGGCACACACCUGUCUAUAUGAGGUCCCACAGUUGACAGUGCAUGUCAGAGCAAAACCCAAGCCAUGAGGUCGAAGGAAUUGUCCGUAGAGCUCCGAGACAGGAUUGUGUCGAGUCACAGAUCUGGGGAAGGGUACCAAAAUAUUUCUGCAGCAUUGAAGAAGUUUAGAACCACCAAGACUCUUCCAAGAGCUGACCGCCCAUCCAAACUGAGCAAUCGGGGGAGAAGGGCCUUGGUCAGGGAGGUGGCCAAGAUCCCAAUGGUCACUCUGACAGAGCUCCAGAGCUCCUCUGUGGAGAUGGGAGAACCUUCCAGAAUCAGGCCUUUAUGGUGGAGUGGCCAGACGGAAGCCACUCCUCAGUAAAAGGCACAUGAGAGCCUGCUUGGAGUUUGCCAAAAGGCACCUAAAGGACUCUGAUCUGAUGAAACCAAGAUUGAACUCUUUGGCCUGAAUGCCAAGCGUCACGUCUGGAGGAAACCUGGCACCAUCCCUACGGUGAAGCAUGGUGGUGGCAGCAUCAUGCUGUGGGGAUGUUCUUCAGCGGCAAGGACUGGGAGACUAGUCAGGAUCGAGGGUAAAGAUGAACGGAGCAAAGUACAGAGAGAUCCUUGAUGAAAACCUGCUCCAGAGUGCUCAGGACCUCAGACUGGGGUGAAGGUUCACCUUCCAAGAGGACAACAACCCUAACCACACAGCCAAGACAAUGCAGGAGAGGAUUCGGGAUAAGUCACUGAAUAUCCUUGAGUGACCCAGCCAAAGCCCGGACUUGAACCCGAUCUAACAUCUCUGGAGAGACCUGAAAAGAGCUGUGCAGCGACUCUCCCCAUCCAACCUGACAGAGCUUGAGAGGAUCUGCAGAGAAGAAUGGGAGAAACUCCCUAAAUACUGGUGUGCCAAGCUUGUAGCGGCAUACCCAAGAAGACUCGAGACUGUAAUCGCUGCCAAAGGUGCUUCAACAAAGUACUGAGUAAAUGGUCUGAAUACUUAUGUGAUAUUUCUGUUUUUUAUUUAUAAUAAUAAAUGUGCAAAAAUGUCAACCCAUCUGUUUUUGCAUUGUCGUUAUGGGGUAUUGUGUGUAGAUUGAUGAUGGAAAAAAAUAAUAUAUUUGUAAAAAAUAAAAUUUGUACUUUUUACCACUUUUACCCCCAAAUUUCGUGAUAUCCAUUUGGUAGUUACAGUCUUGUCCCAUCGCUGAAACUCCCGUAUGGACUCGGGAGAGGCGAAGGUCGAGAGCCAUGCGUCCUCCGAAACACGACCCUGCCAAGCCGCACUGCUUCUUGACACUGCUUGCUUAACCCGGAAGCCAGCUGCACCAAUGUGUCGGAGGAAACACUGUACAGCUGGCGACCGACGUCAGCGUGCAUGCGCCCGGCCGCCACAAGGAGUCACUAGAGCGCGAUGGGACAAGGACAUCCCAGCCGGCCAAACCCUCCCCUAACCCAGAUGACACUGGUUCAAUUGUGCGCCGCCUCAUGGGUCUCCGGGUCGUGGCCGGCUGCGACACAGCCCGGGAUUGAACCCAGAUCUGUAGUGACGCCUGUAGCACUGCGAUGCAGUGCCUUAGACCGCUGCGCCAAUUUUGUUUAUAAAAAAAUUAAAAAACGUAACAAAAUGUGGAAAAAGUCAAGGUCUGAAUACUUUCCGAAUGCACUGUAACAAUAAUCUUGCUUCACAUAACAGUACAAUAACAAACGCAAUGAACACUAUAGCUUCUAGGCUUAGGCUAGCCAACUUUCUCAAUGACAGCCAGGCGUUACAUACAGUACAGUACAUGACAUGCACUUGCGAACUGCUAACAGUAAAAUAUCGUCAAAAUAUCUUAACAAACAAAACACAUGACAUACCUGAUAAUAACAGGAAAAACUUGCUGUGCUGCCCUUAUACGCCAACUCCUCUGCAAAGUACAAAUUCACAGGGGGACAUGAGUAGCCCAAUGACGAUGUAGCCUACAGUAAAAAGUACAAUAGUUAGCUAACAUGUACAGUAUGCAUAACGUAACAGAUAAAAAAGUUCAUAAAUGCAUGAAUAUCCCAAUAUACUGGUAGAAGACCAUAAUAUUGCACUGUCAAGGACCAUAUAAACUCAUUAUGUGUUUUAACAUGUAGGAUUGAUUAUGACUUUCAUGGCACAAUUUUACUGUAACCUACCUCUUCCACAUGGGUACAGUAGACAGGGAAGAGGUAAGGGGGGCAGGGGAUGUUUAUGAGGGGGAAUACAAGAGGAGAAGGAAGUGUGCAACAUUAAAAAGGGCACUGACAACAACAAAAGGAAUCUACAGUAAUAUCAGGCAUGGAACUUUUCAGAUUUUGUGUAAUUAUACAAUAUGAAAUUCAACACUUGGUACACCAGAACAUUUUGUUUUGUCAUACACGUGUGAUUGCUUUCCCUAUUUCCCAGAGACAUACAGUUCUCAAGCAUAAACAAGACCAUGCACAAUGUGAAUGAUUGUCUCUUCAUGAUCCCUGUAGUUCACCUGUGCAACAUCUUCAGGUAAAGCAAGCCAUGCAGAAAGAAUGGAGUCAUAAAGAUACCUUUGUCAGACACGUUUUGUACUAUAAAUACAUUUCCCUGACAACCUGAGACAUGCAGUUCUCAAGCAUAAACAUAAACAAGACCGUGCACAUUCUGCACAAUGGCAAGAAUUGUCCUUUUAUGACCCUCUUAUGUCUUCAGUUCCUUGUCAUCCAAGGGAGAUGGCACAACUGUUGGGUCUUUGAUGUUGGCCAGUGUAACAAAGAUUCCUCCCAUGAAUGAGAUAGUCUACCAGUCAGUCCUCCUCCUCCACUAGUGUGCUGCUGCUGCUGAUGGCCUGCCUGUUGACUCAGCUGGAGGCCUGGGUUGGUCCCUGAUGUGACCCAGUGAAGUGGUCGGCUGUAUCUGCCUUGAUGUGCAGCAUUCUCACCAUUAUACAGAGAGAGGGAGAGGGAGCGAGACACGGAGGGAGCGAUACGGAGGGAGGGAGGGUGAGGGCCAUUCAAGGUGCAGCACCUGGCAUCGAUUCCAACUGACAAAGAGAAAUGCAGCCAUACAAAAGCCAGCAGGAGAAAAAGGAAGGAAGAUAAAGAGAAGCGGAGAUCCUCGUGCUGCUGUGCUGUGAGCCUCUGUCCUGCCCAGGUGCCAUGGUGGUUGUUUAAUAGAACAAGAACAACAUACAGUAUCAGAAUAUGUAAUUUACAGGUUGUUCUCUCGGUCAAUCCCAUUUGGAGACAACAGUAGCACAUGCUGCUUGUAUUAGUUCUAUCAGGGUGUAAUAUUAUCCAUGCCAGGUGACUAAAUGAGUAUCACCGUUUUACUCUACCGGCCUGAUUCACAUCUCUAGUUCCCUCCAGGAAGGUUUAAAUUCCCAUACAUAAAAAACAUCUAUCUCUAUGUAAAUUCCCCUCAAUCUAGUCAACCCAACUCAAAGGAAAAGCAAUGUUUUUUUUUAUUACUUGUGAAAUGUUACAUUUUUCUCAGCUUGAAAGCAUUCUGUUUUGAAAACAAAAAUACACACAAUACUUUAUGAUAUACUGUAGCAACAUACAUCGCCGUGAAAUAGGUUGUACAGUAGAAAUAUGUUAUUGGUUAUUCUCCAAAACCGAUGUGUGGCUGUUGAGCACAAUAAGCCCAUUUGUGUAGUUCUUACUUCUUGCUGUUAAUUAAAGGAAAAUGGAAAACACACUUCUAAUAAAAUGAAAGUCUAAUUACCAGGAACAACAACACACGCAUAAAACAUGAUCAGGAAGCCAAGAAGGCCAUUUCCAUCAUGCGUAGUAUUAGAGCAGUUAGAGUUGUAUUAGUCCCGUCCUGGCACCAUGUUUUUAAUUGUACCAGAAAUGGGUACACAAAAGCAUUUAGAUCUCCGUUAAUGAACAGAAUCCCCUCAUAGCUGCUGGAGCUGUUUGUAUGUAGUGAGUUAGUUAGCUAGACUGAUUAUGUUUCGAGGAAGAACCUCAGUGAAGGCAAUCCGUUCCAGUUUCUAAUUGUGGGAGAAUAUGGUCAUUUUGUAAAACAUUUUGGAGAACAGUUGCCCUAAAUAACAGUCAAGCUUUCACAAAUAGCAUGAAAGAGAAUGUCGCCAAAAGUCAAGAAAGUAAAUAAUGGUUUUCAAAGAUAUGUUAAACAGUUAAAAAAUGCAUAACUGAAAUGUUGUGGCUCUUUUUGUUUUUCAGACCUAAACUAUGUCCGAAAACAGCCAGCUCCUGCUCAUCCAACAACUCUGAGGUAAACGGAAAACCACCCCUGUGUGUGUGUGUGUGUGUGUGUGUGUCUGUCUGUCCAGACAUUCCUCUGUAGGCUAGCUUCUGACUGGAAUCAGGGAACAUUUACUUCAUAUCCUCUAGACUACAGUCACUGGAACAAAUGCAAAUACUCUCCGCUGGCCUGGCGCUGUUGUUGUCCAACUUCUCCCACGCAGGGCAGGCAGCCUCAGAGGUAGACUGACUGGGGUCAGACUGACUGACUCACACAUACACACACUGGACAAGUUACACUUCCCUAUGACACUUCUAUUUGGGAUUGAACUUCAGUGUGCUAAGAAGGAACAAAGCAAAACAGUCCUACAAGUUCUGGUCUCUUUUAGUAUUGUAUUGCCACUAGAUCAUAAUACCCCACUGGUUAUCAAAACAUUUUAUGAAUUGAUCAAAACAACUUCAGUUCAUGUCUGUAUUUCAGUGCUGUGCAUCCCUACUCCCUUGGUGUAUGUGCUGUGGUAGGCAGCUGUAGUAGUACAUGCUGACUCUAAAUUGUAGGUGCAGGAGGGAGUGCAGAACUCUGGAGCUGAUGUCCGUGAGCUGCAGCUGGUGGCUCCUAAUCAGCCCGGCCUGGAAGUCCCUGACAUGGCAGAGAACGACAACAACCACUCUCUCAGCAUCACACAAACAGGUGGGUAUGCACACGCACGCAUUCAUGCAUGCAUGCUCACACACACACACUCUCUGUCUAUCUCCUCUCUCUCCCUCUAACACUCCCCUGUUUUCCCCUCUGCUUGUGCUCCAGCCACCUAGCCUAGUGAAUCCCCUCGCUCCACCUGCCCUCCAUGAUUGAGGGGUACCGCUGGGGUGUUUGGUCAGGUUCCAACCUGGCUGACAAUUACUUUAUCUGCCCCUAAACUGAACUUACAUGUUCAGCAUAAUUGGGGCAUUGUUAUUUCAUUCAGCUGUGAAACUAUGACAUAAAAAUGGUACACUGGGCCUGACUGUCAGACCUCCAACACACAGUAAUAGAGCUGGUAGGAUUCUAAACAGUAAUAGAGCUGGUAGGAUUCUAAACAGUAAUAGAGCUGGUAGGAUUCUAAACAAUAAUAGACUGGUAGGAUUCUAAACAAUAAUAGAACUGGUAGGAUUCUAAACAAUAAUAGAACUGGUAGGAUUCUACACAAUAAUAGAACUGGUAGGAUUCUACACUAAUAGAACUGGUAGGAUUCUAAACAGUAAUAGAACUGGUAGGAUUCUAAACAGUAAUAGAGCUGGUAGGAUUCUAAACAGUAAUAGAGCUGGUAGGAUUCUAAACAGUAAUAGAACUGGUAGGAUUCUACACAAUAAUAGAACUGGUAGGAUUCUACACAAUAAUAGAACUGGUAGGAUUCUACACAAUAAUAGAGCUGGUAGGAUUCUACACAAUAAUAGAACUGGUAGGAUUCUAAACAAUAAUAGAGCUGGUAGGAUUCUAAACAAUAAUAGAACUGGUAGGAUUCUACACAAUAAUAGAACUGGUAGGAUUCUAAACAGUAAUAGAGCUGGUAGGAUUCUAAACAGUAAUAGAGCUGGUAGGAUUCUAAACAGUAAUAGAGCUGGUAGGAUUCUAAACAGUAAUAGAGCUGGUAGGAUUCUAAACAAUAAUAGAGCUGGUAGGAUUCUAAACAAUAAUAGACUGGUAGGAUUCUAAACAAUAAUAGAACUGGUAGGAUUCUAAACAAUAAUAGAACUGGUAGGAUUCUAAACAAUAAUAGAACUGGUAGGAUUCUAAACAGUAAUAGAGCUGGUAGGAUUCUAAACAGUAAUAGAGCUGGUAGGAUUCUAAACAGUAAUAGAGCUGGUAGGAUUCUAAACAAUAAUAGAGCUGGUAGGAUUCUAAACAGUAAUAGAACUGGUAGGAUUCUAAACAAUAAUAGAACUGGUAGGAUUCUAAACAAUAAUAGAACUGGUAGGAUUCUAAACAAUAAUAGAACUGGUAGGAUUCUAAACAAUAAUAGAACUGGUAGGAUUCUAAACAGUAAUAGAGCUGGUAGGAUUCUAAACAGUAAUAGAGCUGGUAGGAUUCUAAACAAUAAUAGAGCUGGUAGGAUUCUAAACAGUAAUAGAGCUGGUAGGAUUCUAAACAAUAGAGCUGGUAGGAUUGUAAACAGUAAUAGAGCUGGUAGGAUUCUACCACAGACUGAAUGAGUAGACAUAUUUUCUCAUGAUCACGGCCAUAGAAUGGCUCUAAAUGACUAAAAUGUAAUGUAAAUUACUGUUACACACCUGAAGUAAUGUUUAACACUGGUGCAUAGGAGAAUCGGUGUGUAGUAGAAUUCACCAAUACAGCUCAAAAUAUGUGAAAUCAUUAAGGUAUUCCGUGUGCACAGUAGCUGCAUACAUUUAAUCAAUAACCUGUGUGGAAGGAAAUUGGCUGCAACAUUACUGUCCACGCAUUAUGUUCCUGAGUCAUUUGAAAAUGUAUUUCUUCUGUGGGAAUAUGUGAGGCCAGCUUGUAGUGGAUGUAGCUGAGUGAAUGGGAGGUGGGAAGUGCAGUAUUAGAAGUCUCAAUGGAAAAUGGCUUUAGUUUUGGAGGAACACUGGGUUUAUCCCAGAACAAUCCAAAGGCUCUCUCAUUGUAGCUGAUCCCACAGAGAGAUUUACAGGUCGUGACAUUUAACCUAUAUAACAGCGUGAGAGCAUUAGGAAUACCAUGUUUCUCCUCACGCUGAGUUCAACCAUGUCACUAUGAGUUUUGUUCUAUUUUUAGCACCCUAUUGUAAUCUUUCAAGAAUUAAUUAAAUUAAGUACAUUAUUUUUGGUUCUCGGCCUCCUUGGGUUAUUCCUUUUCAUGGUUUGAGUGUGAGUACCUUUUGAACUCACUAUGAGUUAACAGAAAUAUGAGUGGACAAGUACUGUGGCUACACAGUGUACUUGGGUACACAGUGUAGUGAUAUACAGUAGCCUAUGGAGACCAAUCUGUAACAAUCCAUUUCAAGUGCUCUUUUAGGGACAAGCAGUGGAAGUUAGCGUAAACUAAGGUUGUGCCUUCAAUGUAGCAAUGUUUUAAUUGUAGGCUGUCACUAUACAAGUAAAUGAUUCAAAAACAAAUAUCCCUUCCUUUCCUUCCCAGGUUCCCCGGUCAGUGUUGGUGGUGAUAUGUCCGAGCAUGCUGAAGUGGACCUCUCAUCCAGUGGUCUCACGGAACUGGACUUGGGGACAGAUGAGGUGUUUAUCAUUUCAUCUGCGCCCAGUCCGAGCAGCAGACUGCUGUUCUCGGCCCAUACGGUAAGGAGCGAGGUGAGGCAGGUAACCCAGAGAACCUCCUCUAGGGGUGGCAUGACACCCAGACAGUAGCAGAGAACCUCCACUAGGGGUGGCAUGACACCCAGACAGUAGCAGAGAACCUCCUCUAGGGGUGGCAUGACACCCAGGCAGUAGCAGAGAACCUCCACUAGGGGUGGCAUGACACCCAGGCAGUAGCAGAGAACCUCCUCUAGGGGUGGCAUGACACCCAGGCAGUAGCAGAGAACCUCCUCUAGGGGUGGCAUGACACCCAGGCAGUAGCCAUGAACCUCCACUAGGGGGGGCAUGACACCCAGGCAGUAGCAGAGAACCUCCUCUAGGGGUGGCAUGACACCCAGGCAGUAGCAGAGAACCUCCUCUAGGGGUGGCAUGACACCCAGGCAGUAGCAGAGAACCUCCUCUAGGGGUGGCAUGACACCCAGGCAGUAGCAGAGAACCCAGGAGAUUGGGGGUAGGAGAGGGUUUGACUCAGCAUUUUUGCUUGUGCUCUAUUGGAAUAAGAAUUGUCAUAAGGCAGGCCUGGCAGAUAUUAGAGAGCUGGCGAGCUUUCCUGCAGCCUAGCCUAAUGGAUGUAUUAUCUGGGGAGUCAGUUUCCCAGCUUCAAGUGUGUGUGUGUGUGUGUGCGCUGUUGUGCAUUGUGGUGCGUGGUCUGUGUGUGUGUUUCUGUGCACGCUGGGGGUGGGGGUGGGGGGGUGGGGGGGGUCUCGUCUAGACUAAGCGAGCUGUUAGUGAUUCUUAGUAAGGAUUAUCUCUCUUUCUGAAAGGAGCAACCCCUUAAACCUCUACCCCCCCCCCCCCCCCCCCCCCCCCCCAUGAUUUACUAGCUGACUGAGGGGGGGAUACGUGACUGAUGUGCCCUUCACCACUGACCUGCCAUUUAUAUCAGUGAGACACCUACCGUAUAGCCCUAGACCCACAUUUACAAAGACUCUGAGGCGGUUUCCCGAACACAGAUUAAGCCAAGCCCUGGACAUGGAGAUUCUCCAUUGAGUUUACUUUUGAGUCCAGGACUAGGCGUAAUCUGUGUUCAGAAAACCGACCUUCAGAAUAGGAGAACAGAUCUUGUUUUAGGUCCCCCCCUGUCCAUAUAAUUCUAUUAAUUAUGAUCUUAAAGGCAACACUGAUCCUAUAUCAGCACUCCUACUCUGAGAAUCUUUGUGAAUACGGUUCUUGGAAUCAUAGAGGUAGGAAUUACUGACUGCACCCACUACCAGGCAGCACUUUGUUGUUGUUUUGGAUUACAUGCCUGAUUCAAUGGUUUGCUUGUUGCCCUUUUUAGGUCAACUGUGAUUGGAGGUGCAGGUCAGUGCUUGAAUAUAAUGCGACCUCUGAUACUAUCCAGCUAUUUUUAUCCAGUUUGUGAGUCUCUCUCAUCCAAGCCAAUGUCUCAUUUAUGCUCUGAUGCCACUGAUGGAGAAAACUCCAUUGACUGAGUACUCAAGUCAAUCGAAUAUGCAUUGUAUUCACACAGUGGCUCAUUUUCCUAUGGUCAAAUAAAAUUAUAGAAUAAUCACAGGUAGGUGUUUUCAGAAUAAGAAGUGUGUUGCCAUGGCAGCAGUUUGUAAACAAAGGCACUGUGUAAACAUUGCUACAGCGGGUUCACUGGGUUUGAGCGUUUAACCUCUUUCAGAUGGUUUUCCAUUUGUUUACUACUCCCCAUGAACACAGACACUGCAUGGUGGAUUUGAUAGAAUUCUAUUUGAUUCAUUUUUUGUGUCUCCCUCCUCUCAGCAGCGGGAGAGGUUUCUGAGGCACAGUGACACCGGCCCUGGCCCUGUCAGUGACUGGCCCUCUCCAGACCCGGCUGCCUCGCCCACAGAGACCCGGGCUGCCCAGGAUGGCAGUGCCAGCUGUGCCCGACCCCGGGCCUGGAGCGUCCGCACUUUCCAGGACUUCCUCCCUCCACUGCCCCAGUUACACAAGAAGUGGUGCAGUUGGAACUCCACCAGUCCCUUCACUAAGCUGGUGGACAGCGUUAGUAGCUCAUAUGUUAUUGGUCUUUCAGUAGUGUUGUUGAAUAAUAGUCACACCAUCAUAAACUGUAUUUCUUUACAUUUGAUAUUUAGCAGACACUUUUACCCAGAUUGAAUUACAGUCAUGUAUGUUUCUAUGUGGAUUAUUUUGAUAUCUCAUUUUUCAAGACUCAGCGCAGAUGCAAAAAACAAUGAGUGUCAUGUUGCAAUGCAGAUAUGUGCUGACUAGAUGUUGUUCCCCCCAGGCCCCAUCCAGCUUCGUGUCAGACUGCCGUGGGGAGGACAGCAGGAAGGUAUUCUCCGACCCCCAGCUGGAGACCCAGGACGACAGUAACGCCUCUGACUCCUCCAUGAGUAAUGCCUCGUACCCCCUCACCCAGCCCGCCCAGAGGCAGCGCCGCCUAAACUCCACGAGCAACAUGCGGCGCUCCCGCUUCACCGGGCCCUGCUUUGGCCUGCUCUCUGGGUCCAGUCCCUCAGAGAGCACCAAGACCCCCGGGGGCCCCCUCCUCCAGGCCUCCCCGUCCCAGCCCAGUAACAGUACCUCUGGGCAGGGGCAGCCGGAAGGGGUGCAGGGUGGGAAGCGCUGUGAUUUCCCAGCCGAGAACGACCACGUCAGUGUCCCUGUUUUUGCCAUCUGUGAGGAGGAGGACCGGCAGCCCCUGAUCCUGGCUGAGCACCUGGGCCAGUCCUCCAUGCUGAAUGGACUGAGCUGGGGGGUGUACGAGGCGAAGGGGCCUGCCGGCGGAAGCCCCAACCCUGGCCCUCAGAGCGCAGCCAAUGGCCCCCUCCUCCAGAGGGGGAGGUCAGAGUGGAGGCCAUGGGGGAGUCAGGCCUCAGGAGGGGCCAGUCCUUACCCUCUGCCUCACCCCUCUGACUCAUACACAGCCACCAAUACUAACGAGUUAAAGUCCACCUUUGUGCACAGCACAGCCAAUCAGAUCCAGAUGCCUUCCCUCAGCCAAUCAACAGUGCCAUGCAGUGUGACGGGCAAUGAGAUGUGA